AUGUCUAACCUGAUAGACCCCAAAACAGGGAGCAAUGGAACGCCAAGCAAAGGCCUCGAACAGAACCGCAGCACCGGGGAGGAGCUCCGUAUGGACGCGAAUGUAGCGAGCGACGGGAGCGAGGAGGGCGAGAUCCAAGACGAUCACGCCACCAACGCUGUGGGUACAAAGCGAAAACGCUCGCCCUCGACCGAAGAGACGGGACCUUCGAAGAAAAUCAAAGGCCCUGAGCCAACAUUCCUCUCAUUCAAAACAAUGAGGCACCCAACGGAGACGAUACCUUGUGUAAUCAGUAUCAACGAACGAGAGCCAUUCGGAUCACUCUAUCCGACAAAUCACACACUCACAACCCGAUUGUUCCUUGACCCCGGACGUUUCGGGCCUCCGUCAGUAGCACUGACUUUCACCAAAACCGGAUCAGAGACCGGUAGAGGCAUUGCCAAGAAUGUUUGGGACAUGUUGUCAAACAGUCGGGGGGAAUGGGCAAUGAAUGACGUCCAACACGGUUAUGCUACUCCAGAUGGGCCCGAUCUCAGAAUGUCUAAUCGAACCGUGCUCGCCGACUGCAGUAGACGGGACAUACAAAAUUUGAUGUACCUGAGAUUCAAGUCUUGGAGCCAAGUAUCAGGGUUUCAUAAAAAAGAAGAGUUCAGUCAGGAAAGUGCUGAGAUAAAAAAUUCGAUCAAAACCAUGUUUCGGCGUCAAAAAGCAUACCAACUGGAGUUGUGGUUUAUUGCCCCGUUCGAUGCACCGGACUUUCGUCGACAUUGUCUAAGGUAUGUAUUUCACCGCGAGCUUGGAAAGCAGACAACACCCUUUCGACCAUUGGCAAGAUUCCCACGGGGAUCAUUUCAACCAAAGGUCGGUGCUACCGCUGCCACCGAUCUUGGCUGCUCCUUGGAACCAAUUGCGCUUGCCUCUUGCCCCAAGACCAGGAUAAUUGCCGAUGCCCACAAGACCAAGCAACUUGCCGAAUACAACACCUCCAGGCGACCAUGCAGGGCAGUCUGCAGCCGAGCCACAGCCAACCCUCACAUCUCAGCAGCAUCCGGAAAGUUCGACCUCCACGGCAGCGCAGGAUGGCAAGAUAUCAGAUCGUUCGACAUCAGUGCCGCCAGAGAUCCACCCGACUCCAGAAAUGUAGGCAAUGCUGACAUUUCGAGCAGGACCUCUUCCCCCAUCCGCCUAAGACCAACGAACCAGUACGUCUGGCUUCUCCUUCGGUCUCGAGGCACCCACAUCCAUACCAUCACUCAUCAGCAGUCCGAGGCCGGGGUUUGUGCCUGA